AUCAAAUUCUUACCAUUCAAGUCAUUCAAUCACUCUUCUGAACACGUUUCAGUUUAGACUUUUAACAAGAUUCAAAUGGGAAGGUUCAGUGUGCUGGAGAAGAUUGGAGAAGAUGAUUGUGGUGUUUUUAACAGGUGUACAGACAAUGAUGAUAAUGGCAAGCCUGUUUAUGUGAAUGUCUGUUGCAUUAAAGAUCCUGGUUCUGGUGUUCCAAUCUCAUUAAUCGCCCAAAUUUCCCUUCUCAAACAGAUGGAUCAUCCCAGAAUUACCAGAUUGCAGGAAGUUUUCUUCAGCAUCAGUCUCAGGCGCGUGUUUCUAGUCUUUGAGAGUGCAGGUCCUACUCUAAAAGAUUUCUUGAAGAAAUCUCCAGCGACCACCAGAAAUCAACAAUUGACAAAAAGCUUUAUGCAUCAGAUUCUCACUGGAAUCUCUUAUUAUCACUCCAACAAUUUUCUCCAUGGAUGCUUAACUCCUUUCCAUGUGCAGUGUGAUAUUAAAAGCACUAGAUUGAAAGUAAUUCAUGUUGGAAUGGCUGUUACUCCCUCUUUCAAGGCACCUGAAAUUCUGCUCGGUUUCAAAAACUACUCCUUUCCAGCUGAUGUAUGGUCCAUUGGUUGUAUAUUUGCUGAGAUGGUCCUCCUGAAGCCUCUAUUUGGCAGUGCAGAUGAAUUUCAUGAAACAGUCAAGAUUUUCAGGUUAAUGGGUUUGCCAAAUGAAGAAACCAUGCCUGGGGUGACUGCAGAAUAUGAAUUUCUCCAUUGUUUUACAAAAAGUAAACCUAAGGAUCUUUCACCAGUGUUCCGCAGUCACCUUGAGCCAGCUGGUUUUGAUCUUCUUAUGAGAAUGCUACGUCUGAAUCCAAGCGAGAGAAUCACGGUUGAUCAAGCUCUGAGGCAUGAAUACUUCAAGAACAUGUUUAUUUGAGACCCAGAACGAUUUUACUGCAUAAACUAGUAAUGCUGCCUCGGCUUUCAUUCCUUGACCAUUCUCUUCAAACAUAUAUGGUCCUCUCAACUCUCAACAACUACCUUCACUAGUAAAUGGAUUUUUUUUAAUACAAUUGAAAAUUUUCCAUUAAUGGAAUGUUGAUUUCAGUA